CCCUCUGUGAACUCUUAUCAGCGGAAAGUGUCAACAAAUAUCAGCAGUGUCUCAUGACACGCUUUAAACAUAUAAAGAGAAGAUCGGAAGGUCACGUCAUCGGGCGGCUGGUUGAAUGGGGUAAAGUAUAGAAAUAGGACUUUGUGAAGACUGGCAAUGGGAGGCGCUCAUUCUAGCUCAAGAACCCCAGAAGAUUUCAGACAAACUUUUACUUAUGAGGAUCUUCCGACGAGAGUGCAUGAGAAAGAUUCAGCGGUAGUGUUUGAGGAUUACCCUUCUCCUCAUAUCUGUGAGCCUAUAUUUCACAUGGGAGAUUGGCUGAAAGUUGUGUCUGAAGAAGGGUACUGGUGGAAGGUCUACUCAGUCGAAACUAAGGAAGUGCAUUAUAUACCGCAAUGUAACGCAACAAAAGUCUACCACGGAUGGCUGUUUGAAAAUGUGAGCAGACAAAAGGCAGAGGAUCUACUUCGUCUACCUGGAAACCGAGUCGGGUCGUUCCUGAUCAGAGAAAGUGCGAAAGGAAUGUACACCUUGUCUGUGCGCCACAGAGCUAUUAAGCAUUAUCGAAUAGUUCGGAUGCCUAACAACUGGUACUACAUCUCCCCAUGCCUCACUUUUCCAUGCCUGGAAGAGCUGGUCAACCACUACUCUGACAGAGCAGACGGUUUGUGCUGUGUUCUGACGGGUCCCUGUUUGACUGUCUCUGAAACCAUUUUGAGCCCGUUCCCUCCGACGGCAGCAGAGAGAAAAACGUCCUUUGAUUGGAAAGCAGUGCGAAGCUCGGAGCUCAUCCGUCACAUCACAAGCCCUUCCGCUGCUAACAAAGACUCGGCGUUAAGCCGCGGGGUUCAAGACAGCGUCUCCUCUUACGUGAGCUUGCUAGGAGAACAGGAGAAACCCGAGAAGAAAAAAUUUAGCUUGAAGAAGAAGAAAUGGAGGUCUGUCCACAUGGUCACCGACCAUAGGCUUGAGAGUCUGGCCACUGUGGAAGACGAUUAUGAGGAAGUGCGCUUCUGACAAUAGGCUUCCUUGUGGAGAUAACUCACAAAUACUGGUUCAAAAUAAGACUGAUUCAUCGCAAAAUCCAUCUUUUCUAAUGUUCAGUAUUGUUUUUCAAUUACGUUGUUGU